CUGAAACUAAAAUGCCAAAGAAGGACGAGAUAUUUUUUCUCGCUCGGAGAUCUGGGAGCGACUUAAGCUCAAGGUGUCGAAAAUGGCUGCCUACGGCAGUCAAUCCUCGUCUACCGGCUCGACGACGAGAGCGUUUGCACAAAAACUAAACAAAUUUCGGCGUAAUGGAUCGGCGACUUUCAGCACACAAUCGAGUACAAGGUCACAAUCCUCUACUUCGAGUUCCUUCAUUCAUCUUGCGGCCGGAACGAUUCCCCUUAAUGAAGUUGUGGAACCUCCUGACUUUGAAGAGAUUUUGUUGCAAAAUCAGCCUUUCAAUGAGAAUGACCCAAAGAGUAAGAUGCUGGAGUUCCCUGAUGAUGACAUAGAAGUCACCACGAUUCCUAGACAAUGUCGUACUGUCAAGCCAUGGUUUCCCAAGGAUACUGGAACUGAGAACAACCCACUACUGAAAGACUGCAUUCAUUGUUACACUUCAGAUUGGGCAAUAGUUAAUCGAAGGUAUCAGUUCCGUUGUUCUGAUGAAGGAAGACCAGAUUCUAGGCGUAAAAUAGCACGGACAUCCAGCUUUGUGAGAACACUUCCUUCCCAGCUUUAUGAAAUUGAUGAGAAAGGAAAACUUGCAGACCAGGGAAAGAGUGAAGCACAGCAGAAAGUGGCGCAGCAGUCUGGCAAAGGACUGGAUGAGCUACCUCGUGGUAGCUGGGCAUCAAGCAUAUUUGACUUGCAAUCUUGUAAUCCUGAUCCUCUUUUGCCGUCCCUUCUGGAACGCACACCACCCGACGAGUUGGACACUGCUAAUCAAGAAGAACGUGAACUUCACAGGAUGCAUUCCUUAUUUUCUAUCUAUCCCAUUCAGCAGGUAAUCCCUCAAGAGCAUUUUGGACAAAGAAUUCUGAUUAAAUGUCUUCAGCUUAAGCUUGAUUUAGAGGUGGAGCCAAUAUUUGCAUCAAUGGCUCUUUAUGAUGGAAGAGUCAAGAAAAAGAUUUCUGAGAAUUUUUACUUCGACAUGAAUAGUGAGUGGUGCAAGAAACUAGUGGAACAGCACAACCCUCGUGUAGAUAUUUCCACUCUCAGUCGUUCAGCGGUGUUUUCUAUAACCUACCCCUCAACUGAUGUGUUUCUUGUCAUUAAGCUUGAAAAAGUUCUACAACAGGGUGACAUCAGUGAAUGUGCAGAACCAUACAUGAAGGACACAGAAAAUGCCAAGCAUAAAGACAAAAUGCGAUCCACUGCUGUGUCAAACUGUGAAAGGCUUGGCAAGUAUCGCAUGCCUUUUGCAUGGACUGCAAUCCAUCUUAUAGACAUCAUAAGUGGAAACAAAGAUGGACUUGAUCCAACAGCAACACCAACACCUGUAUCACAGGAAAAAGAAACCUCUUCAGCUGGGACUCCUGUGCGCAGGGAAUCAGAUAAACUGAAAGAUGAUGACUUGUAUAAAUUCUUGGCUGACCUCAAGAGACCCUCUUCAGUUUUAAAGCGUCUUAAGUGCAUACCAGGAACCUUGAAGCUGGACAUUUCGCCACCAGGGGACAAACCACCCUACUGCUUAACUUCAGAGUUACAUCAGAUACAACCUUAUCCAGAUGGAAAAGCAAGACCAACCAAAGAGAUAGAAGAGUUUGCGCCUAAAGAAGUGUUUGCACCUUAUCUUACAUUCAAGAACCUCAUGUAUGUUUACCCCUUGAGUGUCAAUUACACUAGUCGUAGCACAUCUGCAAGAAAUAUUGCAGUAAAAGUACAGUUCAUGGAUGGUGAAGACUUUGAUGCUUCUGCACUAGAAGUAAGUAAAUGCGCUACAGAUUCAGAAGCAAAGAUGUCCAUCUAAUGUUUAUGCUCUAUGGAGAUCUUUUUGUCGUUUUUCUUUUUUAUUUCGGUUUUCCAUGAUGCUGAUUAAUAUUUCUGGUUAACUAAUUAUUACUUAAUAAUUAUAUUCCUGGAUCUUCUAUCCCAGCAUGCCACUUGACCAUGUGCACCCUUAUGU